GCUACCUUCACCAGUUGUUUCUCCGGUUCCGAUCUCUAUCGACUAUACAUAAACCAGAGACACUCAUUCGGAAAGAGAAGUGCCGGUGCCUACUAUACUUUAUCUUCCACAGGUUUUCUGGCGUAAACUUCAUUGAUCGGAGUUCUAUACCAAUAGGCUAGGCUAGAGAGUAUGUGUCUGAAUGGCUCAGGCUACCACCUAGAACCAAAGCCCUCUACAAUCAAUCUCGUCUAUAGUUGGCAAUCCAGGGGACUGGCGCAUAUAAUCGUUGGGUCAGCGGGGGUCAAGCAUGUGGGGGAGACAGGCUGCAGCAUGGCAUUUCAUCACGGUGAUGUCCGUUCAGGCAGGAACAGACUGAGAUCAUGCUCACCUAGGUAGCAUCAGACCACAAAUAGAAAGAGCAGUGCUCUCUUCUCUAGGUUCCUAUUCUUCACACUCUUGCCAGUAUAGUGUAUACAGCUCUCAUCCACCUACAUAUCAUUCUCGGGGUGCUACAAGCUUCAAGAUUCCAUUUGUGCUUGACGAGCCAAGCUCCCAACUUUCUAUACCCUCUACAACGCAAUGAAGACUAGCAUCUUCCUCAUUGCCCUCCUCCCAGCCGCCCUCGCCCUACCCCUCCCCACGCCAAACAACGGCACUAAAAGCCUCUCAGAAAGCCUGGACCUCCAGGCUAUCACUGACGAGCUGCUUUUUAGCAUCGAGCUGCCCGAAUUCACAGCUCGCAGAGGGGAGAAGGACCCUCCUCAGUUAGACUGGUACUCUGACGGCUGCACAAAGGCUCCAAGCAACCCGUUUGGAUUCCCUUUCCAGCGCGCAUGCGAGCGUCAUGACUUCGGAUACCAGAACUACCGAAGACAAGGGCGCUUCACCAAGGCCGCAAAAGCGCAGAUAGAUCUUCGAUUCAAAGAAGAUCUUUACCAUCAGUGUGAACUAGGUCACGCUGUCGGUUUUUGCAAGAAAUUAGCAAACGUGUACUACCGUGCUUCAGGGCGGCAUGGUGGUAAAGAUGCUACGAAGAGAGUUGGAGUGAGAUGACCUUCUUUAGGGCUAUGUACAGAGGACGCCCAGCAAAGGGGAGAAUCACCACGUUUGGUUUGAGUGGGAGAAACAUGGACCACUCAUUGGACUGACUACA